AAUAUCAUAUUAUUAAUCGCAUUCAAUACCUAAUAACUUGUAGGUAUAAUCAUACAGGUUGCAACUGACCCAGUACAUGUCUACGCGACAUAUGCAGUGCUAUACUGUUAUAAAUUCUAGUACAAUUUAAGACUUUCUGAGCAACUAUCAAACACCAUUAAAAUUAUUUUAAAAUUUUUUUUAACAUUUCGAGGGGGAGGGAUGCAGCUCCCUCGGCCCCUCCCCUGGCUACGCCACGUGACACGUCAUUUGAUCCGAUAAAUAAUAUCCGGCGACAAAUGAUCCGGUAGAUAAUAACCCGGCGAUAAAAUAACCGGCAUCAAAAAUAUCCCGUGACAACGAUAACCGGCGAUAAUCAGUUUUCUGUUUUUCGUGUUGUAUAAAUACACUCUACAACAUUUUAACACAACACAACACAACUUCAACACACCAACACCUGUAAGGUUUUAUUAAACGUAUUUUGACAUUGUUUUUAAUAAAAUUAAAUAUGCCGCUUGAAUUUGUGAUAAGUCAAAAAGGCAAACAACUUUUAUUAUUAAAUGGAUAUUUACAUAACAUACAUCAAAAAUACGAUGAAAAAAUUGUGUGGCGUUGCACGCAGUACAAGAAAUUUUCUUAUAAAGGACGAUGUCAUACUACAACAGACAGUGAAUCAGGGGAGUUAAUAAAAGUAACGGACCAUUGUCAUUCACCAAAUAUUGCUCAAGUCGAAGCUAAAAAAGUGGUUAAUUCUAUGAAAGAAACAGCUGCAAAUGAACAAAAAAACACAAGAAAUAUUAUCAGUGAAAAUCUUGAAGAUGUGUCUAUUCCGGUAAUAGGACAAUUACCUACAACUAAAGCGCUAUCUAGAAUAAUUCAGAGAACACGAGUUAUAAAAGAAAAUCCACCAAUUAAUCCUAGCCACGUAAACAGUUUGAUCAUUCCUGAUUUAUACAAAUUUACAAAAAAAAAAUGAAUUAUUUCUAACUUAUGAUAAUGAAAAUACUGAAAAUCGAAUUCUAUUAUUUUCGACUCAAUGUAAUUUGAUUGAGCUUCAAAAAUCCGAUAGUUGGUUUGGCGAUGGAACCUUUAAAUCGGUCCCAUCUAUUUUUUCACAGUUGUAUACUAUACAUCGUCAUAAAAACGAAAACGUAUUACCGUUAGUUUACGUUUUAACUUUUAAUGACUGAUAGAACAAAAGAUACAUAUAAAGAAGUAUCAAAUCAAUUGUUGAUAUGUAAGCCCGAUCUUGAUCCAAAGUCAAUACAAAUUGAUUUUGAGCAAGCGUUUAUUUCAGUAUUUAAAGACAUUUUUCCUAAUGCAAAAAUUAAUGGAUGUUUUUUUCACUUUUGUCAGUGUGUUUGGCGUAAAAUACAAUCAUUAGGAUUACAAAAAAUGUAUUCUGAAAACUCAACAUUUGCUCUUCAAGUAAAACAGUUGUGUGCUUUGGCGUUCGUACCUGUACACGAUGUAGUAUAUGCAUUUGAAGAACUUAUAGAGUCAGAAUACUACAUAGAAAAUGAAUCUCUUUUCCAGCCCAUCCUGAAUUACUUCGAGGACACUUGGAUUGGACGUCCUGUACGGAGGAAAAGAAGAAGUCCAAUUUUUCCAUUAAAUAUAUGGAAUGUAUAUGAAAAUGUUUUAAUGAAACGACCAAGAACAAAUAAUGCAGUAGAGGGGUGGCAUAAUGCAUUUAAUUCUUCCAUAGGAGUCCAUCAUACGACAAUAUGGAAAUUUAUUAAUUUUAUUAAAACUGAACAAAACUUGGUGGAAGCUAAAAUAGAAAAAAUUAAUUUAGGAGAAAGCCAUGCAUUAAAAAGAAAAAAAUA